GCUAAACACAACCAUAACACUUAAACCAUACCACCUUCCUCUAAAUUCCUCUCUCUCUUCACAAAUUUUGAUUCUGUUAUCUGUUUUGUUUGAUCGAAUUCUGGCAUGGGAUUGAGCAGCAAACAGGUUUCGGGCGAUCAAACUCUGGAUUGGGGCCAAACCUUCCUGCAGUCAGCGGCGGCGGAGACGUCGAAACCGCCGCCAAGCCGGCGGCAGCAGCAGCCGCCUCAAUCGGAGGCGUUGAAGUGCCCGAGGUGCGCCUCCACCAACACCAAAUUCUGCUACUACAACAACUACAACAAGUCUCAGCCACGCCAUUUCUGCAAAUCCUGCAAGCGCCACUGGACCAAAGGCGGCACCCUCCGCAACAUCCUCGUCGGCGCCGCCCGCAAAAACAAACGCCCCAGGGUUUCCAAACCCGCCAAAUCCCCGCCCUCGACCGCGCAGAAAAACAUGUCAAACAUCCUCUACCACGCAUUGAUCGGCCGCUCCUCCUCCUCCUCCUCCUCGUCGCCGCUGCUGCUGCGUGAAACGACGUCGUCGAAUUCGAAAGGUAUCGACAAAACUCCUCCCCCUUUCAGCGCCGCUCCGAUUAUUCCAGCCUCCGAAUUCCAAUUCUCCUCGAGCUUCGACGCGAAUAAUGCAUUUGAUCAUCACUUCGCCGGAAAUCUCGAUUCGAUGGAGGAGUCGACAAUCACCACCGUGAAUGCUGCGUGGGAGAUGGAUUUGCCGAAUUAUUGGAGCUGGAACGACAUCGAUGCGUUGACAUCGGCUGAUCUGAGUUUGUCGUGGGAUGAUGAUAUUGAAGAAGACAAACCAGCCAUCAAACCCUAAAAUUCUGAUUUGGGGAUUAAUUUGAAUGUUAUGGUGGUUUGAUCCAUUUUAGACGUGGAGGAAUGAUUAAUAGCUUAAUUAAUUUUAAGAGAUUGGUGUGAAUUCCGUUUGUGUCAAAUUUGUAACUAUCAUGUCAUAUAGUUUGUGGAAGCUGUCCUUUUUAGUAUCAGCUUCGGAGGUACGUACAACACUUAUUUAAUUAAUGUGUCGAAUUGGGUUUGUUUGUUA